CUUCUAUAAAUAAAGAUCAUCUUCUUCCUCCCAUCAUCAUCUAGUCUUCUUCGAAUUACAGAAAAGCAGAGUUUCUUCUAAACAUGAGACCUCCAUUGUUGACGCCUCUUCUGCUCUCUUUCCUCUUCUUCUUCAUUUCCCUCUCCCUUGCUCUCGUUCCUCCCAACGAGACCUUCAGGUUCGUCAAUGAAGGCGACUUCGGCGUUUUCAUCGUCGAGUAUGACGCAACUUACAGACCCCUGAGCAUCAGCAACUCGCCAUUUCAGCUCAUGUUCUACAACACGACGCCGAAUGCAUAUACGCUCGCUCUUCGAAUGGCGAUUCUCCGCUCUGAAUCUGCAAUGCGGUGGGUUUGGGAAGCCAAUCGCGGCCAUCCGGUUCGCGAAAAUGCCACAUUCUCUCUCGGUGCCGACGGAAACCUAGUUCUCGCCGAAUCUGACGGCACCGUCGUAUGGCAAUCGAACACCGCCAACAAAGGCGUCGUCAGAUUGGAAUUGCUCCCGAACGGUAACAUGGUGCUCCUCGACUCCAACGGCAAAUUCGUUUGGCAGAGCUUCGAUUCGCCCACGGAUACACUCCUUGUCGGCCAAUCGCUCCGUCUCGGCGGCGCAAUGAAGCUAGUAAGCCGCGCAUCGGAGAAAUCGAACGUGAAUGGACCUUACAGUUUCGUGAUGGAAAGAAAAGCCCUAGCUCUGUACUACAAAAGCCCGAAUUCUCCAAAACCAAUGCGCUACUUCGCAUCCUCGAAUUGGUUCACAAUCCAAAAAGGCACUCUCUCAAGAGUCACUCUCAACGCCGAAGUAGAACCAGACCAAGGAUUCGCCACCGAAUUGAACUUGAACUACGAAGUCGCAGGAUCGACGGAGACCGGCGGCACAAUUCUGACACGGCCAAAAUACAAUAGCACAUUAACAUUCCUCCGAUUAGGAAUCGACGGCAACGUCAGGCUGUUCACAUACAACGACAAAGUGGAUUGGGGCCCGUCGGAGAUUUCGUUCACGCUCUUCGAUAGGGAAUCGAAUACGGAGAACGAAUGCCAGUGGCCGGAGAGAUGCGGGCAGUUGGGGGUGUGUGAGGAGAACCAGUGCGUGGCCUGCCCGACGGAGAAGGGGCUGCUGGGAUGGAGCAAGAUGUGUAUGGCGAAGAAGGUAAGUUCAUGUGAUCCUAAAAGCUUCCAUUACUAUAAACUUGAAGGUGUGGAUCAUUUUUUGACUAAGUAUAACAAAGGAGAAGGGCCAAUGGGACAGAAGGAGUGCGAGAAAAAGUGCAAUUUGGAUUGUAAGUGUUUGGGUUAUUUUUACCAAACCAGAGGCUCACUUUGUUGGGUUGCAAAUGAGUUGAAGACUUUGAUCAAAGUUGAUAAUUCCACUCAUUUGGGAUUCAUCAAAACACCCAAUAUGUAGACUUUAAUAAUAUUAGGCUCUUCUUUCUUUCUAUGUAAUUUCUGAAUAUGUGUGUCUUAAAAUGUUUGUGUAAUAAUGGUAAAAAUAAAAUUGUUCGCGUAACCUUUUUUCUUUUUGCUUAGGUGAAAUUUUGGAAUAGUAUUUAUGUUGCAUCCUUUCUUACAAA